GAUAAGAAAAGUGCCGACUGUUUAGUGCACGCCAAGGCUGUGUUCGACAUCCACCCUCUUAUCAAAUGUACCUGUUGCUUUUGCCUGUAAACCUUUAGCUUCAGUCAGAAUUCUUGUAGCUUUUUAAACCGAGGUCUUUACUGAAGGUCACACUGGCCAAGAAAAGGUCACUGAAAGUACAGUUGCUUUUCUUACGAAGUAUAAGCAGCUCCAAAAUGGCGUUUCUUGUUCUGGCUGCAACGCUUGUCGUGGGAACAUCCUUCUGUCACGCGGAUUCUGUCGGCAGUGUCUUCCAAACACCGGCCCCCACCUGGCCUGCGCGAGAGUUUCGUGGUGCAUGGGUGGCAACCGUGUCUAACAUCGAUUGGCCGACGUCUAGUCACUCCACACCCAGCGCCCAACAAGCCGAGCUGCGAGCUCUGUUCGACACACUACACAAACUUAAUUUCAAUGCCAUCAUCUUUCAGGUGCGCACGGAGGGCGAUGCUUUCUACGAAAGCAGAUUCGACCCAUGGAGCAGAUUUCUGACGGGCCAGCAAGGGAAAGAACCGAGCCCCAAGUGGGACCCCCUGUCCGUCGCCAUCCAAGAGGCUCACGCGCGUGGAAUGGAACUUCAUGCCUGGUUCAAUCCCUACAGGGCCAGGUCAGGAUCCAGCAGUAAAACCGGUCUGGCCAGCAACCACAUCGCUAACCAGCUGCCCCAGUACACCUACGCCUAUGGCAACAACCUCUGGGUGGAUCCCGGUGCCAGCGAGGUCAAGAGCAGGACAUACAGCACCAUUAUGGACGUCGUUAACCGCUAUGACGUCGACGGCAUUCACUUCGAUGACUACUUCUACCCGUACCCCGUCAGCGGCGAGGAGUUUCCCGACAGCCACACGUACAGCGCCUACAAGGCUUCCGGAGGAAAUCUAUCACGUGACGACUGGCGUCACCAAAACGUUGACUGGCUGGUGAAGAAGCUGUCCAUGGACAUCAAGGACUCCCGCCCCUGGGUCAAGUUCGGCAUCAGUCCUUUCGGCAUCUGGAUGAGUGGACAGCCUUCUGGAGUUGUGGGUCUUUCUUCAAAUACAGCCUUGUUUGCGGACAGCAGGAAAUGGUUGAUGGAAGGGUGGGUGGACUACCUAACUCCUCAAAUCUACUGGGAGAUCAGUGCUGCGCAUCAGAGUUUCACGGCCCUCUCCGACUGGUGGCUGAAUCAGAACCCCAAGGCGCGUCACUUGUACCCGGGGUGCGCAACAUACAAAAUCGUCAACAGCAACUGGUCGAUAACCGAACUUCAACAUCAGGUGGAGCAGACCCGCGCCAGAAGAAGUCGCCAUGACCUGGGCAACAUUUUCUUCAGCGCCAAGUACUACAAAGACAACACCCACGGCAUCGCUGACCUCUUCAAGUCCACAGUGUACGCCAGCCCAGCCUUGCCCCCUUACAUGGAAUGGCUUCACACAAACACUUUUGGUCCCUACGUGCCGGAGGGUGUGGCUGUCAAAAGCGGGACCAUAACGUGGAAUGCCACUUCAAGCGACGGGGUGCGAGCCCGCGCCGUGUACAGAUUUGAUGACAGCACGCAGCACUGGGUCUUGAAGCACGUGCUGCCUCCUCACACCAGCAGCCUGACAGUAGAGCCCGGCCAGUACGCGCUGACGGCAGUAAACCGGGUGGGAAGAGAAAGUAACGCCCAAACCGUCAUUGUAACGACUCCACUGGUUGGUUAAGCACCGAUGUUCGCUGAAAAAGGUCUAUUUGACGAAACAAUUGCAGUUUGUUAAGGAACAUUAAUAAAGGUUGGAUUUUACUCAAGCA